AGGCUAAGAUAACUUCCGCUUCCUUUUUCAAUCUCCCGUCGUUGUUUUGGUAACAAAGAACGAUGGCGGAGGCAAAUACACCUUCAGCUAAUCCACCUAAAAAAUUAGGAAGGUUGUACUGUAAAGCUGUCUUCACUGGUUACAAGAGAGGACUGAGAAACCAACAUGAGAACACAGCUCUGUUGAAAAUUGAUGGAGUCACGUGUAAGGAGGACACACCAUUCUACUUUGGCAAAAGAUGUGCAUAUGUGUACAAAGCUAAAAGGAAGACAGCAUGUCCUGGACAUGACAAAGCUAGCCGCAUUCGAGUCAUCUGGGGUAAAGUCACCAGAUCACACGGUAACAGCGGUGCUGUACGAGCUAAAUUCAGGAAGAACCUGCCAUCAUCAGCCAUGGGAAAGAGAGUCCGAGUUAUGCUGUACCCAUCAAGGAUAUAGAAAUUUGUACAAAGAAAAAAAAAAAUUAAAAAAACCCUA